CGCCAUGGUGAAGAAGAAUACCCCGACUCCGCCAUUGUGCUUUUCGUGUGUGUGAACAAUUGGCAUCGCCGGUAAUAUCCGACAUUUCUCUUCAUUUUUGAGUUCACUACCGGGCAGCCAUGUCCACCCACGAUUCGGCCAACAUGAAGCUCCCGCCGAUCCAGUCCACGGCCGGAGCCGUGCCUGUCCGGAAUGAGAAAGGUGAGAUCUCCAUGGAGAAGGUAAAGGUGAAGAGAUACGUGUCGGGUAAACGUCCAGACUACGCACCGAUGGAAUCAUCGGAUGAGGAGGAAGAGGACUUCCAGUUUGUGAAGAAAGGAAAGGAAACGGAGCCCGAGAUGGAACUGGAGGAGGAGGACGUCGUGUCAGACCCACGUUUAAAGCGUUUGCUCAACCGUGCCUCUGAGGACGUGGAGGAGAGGUUGGCGAGACAUCGACAGAUCGUGGAGCCGGAAGUUGUAGAAGAGAGCAGCGAAGACUCCGAUGAAGGGACGUGGCAUCCUCAACGUGAGGAGAGCAGUGAGGAUGAAGAGGAAGAAGAAGAGGAAGAAGUUGAUGACGAGGAAAUUGAGAGGCGACGAGCAAUGAUGAGGCAGCGGGCUCUGGAACGCAAGACCGAAGAGAUGGAAGUCAUGGAGGUGGAGGAGGAAGGGAAGUCUGGGGAGGAAUCGGAGUCUGAGUCUGAAUAUGAGGAGUAUACGGAUAGUGAAGAUGAAGCAGAGCCGCGACUCAAACCGGUUUUCAUCCGCAAGAAGGACAGAGUGACGGUGGCCGAGCGAGAAGCGGAGCAGCAGAAGCAGAGGGAGCUGGAGGCCGAAGCCAAGAGGCAGCAGGAGGAGCGGAGGCGUUACACCCUCAAGAUAGUGGAAGAGGAGGCCAAGAAGGAGUUUGAGGAGAACCGUCGCACGCUCGCCGCUUUGGACGCCCUGGACACGGACGGCGAGAACGAGGAGGAGGAGUACGAGGCCUGGAAAGUCCGUGAACUGAAACGUAUCAAGAAGGACAGGGAAACUCGAGAAAUGAUGGAGAAGGAAAAGGUGGAAAUCGAUAGAUUCCAUAACAUGAAAGACGAGGAACGCAGGGCGGAGCUCCGCAACAACGGCAAAGUCAUCACCAACAAAGCAUCCAAAGGCAAAUACAAGUUCCUUCAGAAGUACUACCACCGAGGAGCCUUCUUUAUGGACGAAGAGCAAGACGUCUACAAGAGAGAUUUCAGUGCACCGACUCUGGAGGACCACUUCAACAAAACCAUCUUGCCCAAAGUCAUGCAGGUCAAAAACUUUGGUCGGUCUGGACGAACCAAGUACACCCACUUGGUGGACCAGGAUACCACGUCGUUUGACUCGGCGUGGGCUCAGGAGACGGCUCAGAACAGCAAAUUCUUCAAGCAGAAGGCAGCGGGCGUAAGAGACGUGUUUGAACGACCCAUGGUGAAGAGGAAGAAGACAUGAGAUGUGUCCAUCAGCUGGACUGGAUUUCAUAUACAAAAAUAUGACCUACACUCAUCGUGGGGAUUAAUAUUAUGUCAUCUUCGGGCGCUUAAUGUUUUAUUUGAAGCUGUCUUUUUGUAGGGCAGAAUGAUUACACAACAUCGAUAUCUUUAAUGAUUUUGAAAAAUCACGUUACGUAAAAAUUAGAAGAAAAAAAUAUUUUUCCCCCUAUUCAUUCAUUUUUUUUGAAAACGUAUGUUGUGUAAUUAUUCUAUUCUGGAAUAAUAACAUUGAAGCCCAGUAUGAGCAUAUGUCAACUUCUGACCGCAACUGUAAAUAAUUUUUGUUAAAGACCGCAGAUGCUUGAAAAAUAUCUCUGAUGAAACAUGAUGGAUGGACGUUGUACAGAACUGUUUUUUUUUUAUAUAUUUGUACUUAAUACACAGGUGCAGCUCAAUAAAUUACAAUAUCGCAAGGGGGACAAAAGUGAA